AUGGAGAGUGGAAGGAAUAAGGUGGAAGAUGGAAGGAAUAUGGUGGAGUGUAGAAGAUCCAAGGUGGAGAGGCCUGCCCCAUGCACCGCCUGCUCCCGGUACAUGGGCAUGGCGGCCUCGUCCGCCCCCGGCACGCGCCCCUACCCGCCCCCCGCGGCGAACAGCAAACAGCAGACCAGGCGUGCCUCGGCGGCGGACUCCCCCCCCGGGCUGCUGCUCCGCGCGCCUGGGCCGCCGCAGGGCGACACAGCACCACACCCCCCGCCGGCAGACGCAUCAGAGACGAAGAGGCACACCCCAUACGUCCGGGGCGCCACGAACCGACCUACCGCACUCUCCAUGCCCUACAGGCCGGCGCGACCAUUGCCGGCGCCCCCCACGCCACGGAAGCCUCACACGGAAACGGGGGGGGGGGUCCGCAGAAAGCCGCACGUUAGCACCGCAAUUGAGAGCACACACAUGAAAGAGACAGAGGAAGUGCGCCGGAAGACAGGGGCCCCGCCGCCCGCUCGCGCCGCGCGCCGCGCUCGCGCUCGCGUUCCGCGCGCGUCUUCCUCGUCGCGCUCGCGCCCUGCCCUCCCGCCCGCCAGGCCCGCCACGCCCGCCCCGCCGCCGCCGACCGCCCGCCAGACCGCACCAGAACCGCUCUCGCGUGAUACCGGCGCCACGCGUCGCCCAGGCCCUACCGCCUAG